GCAUUUAGACUGUCAGCUACUGCCAAACAAAGAAACUGCUAUGAUUUGUCAAUGACCCUCCACUCGAAAGGGACAGCGCGUUGGCCAUAAUAACAUGUGUGUCUGGUGUCUCUCUGCACAAGCAGAUGAGGUUACACAGUGACAUCUUCUACUAGCUCUCCCGUCUAUUUAUUCUUGCCUUCACCUUCACCCCACCACCGGGCUCUCCAUCCUGUCCAAGGCAGCUGCAAGGCAGAAACCUCGAGCGAGCUGACUGAUCCAGAUCUCCAUUCGGAACAAGCAGCGCUCAGUGAUUCAUGGAGAUCGUCAUGGGGGCACUGCCGAGCCUCAUCCCCAAGCUUGCUGAGCUGCUUGCUGGCGAGUACGGUCUGCAAAAGGAGGUGAAGGGGGGGAUUAUCUUCCUCCAGGCUGAGCUCGAGAGCAUGCAAGGUGCCCUCAAGAAAAUCUCCAAGACGCCAGCAGACAAGCUUGAUGACCAGGACAAGAUCUGGGCAAGGAAAGUGAGGGAGAUGUCCUACGACAUAGAGGACACUAUUGACACGUAUAUGGUGCGGUGCAAGGGGGGAAGGAAGCCGGCUGAACAGCAUGGCUUCAAGGAAGCCAUUGACCGGACCCUCAAAUGGUUCAGGCAGCCCAUGAUCCGCCGUAAGAUUGCUAAGGAGAUCAGAGAAAUCAAGAGCCAUGUCGAAGAGGUAGCCAUGCGACGUGAUCGGUACAAAGUCAAUGACACUGAUGUUGCUAAGCCUGUGGCCAUCGAUCCUCGGUUAUUAUUUGCUCAGUAUGAGGUUAAAGAGCUCGUUGGCAUCGAUGAGGCGAGAGAGGAGGUAAUCCGGAUUCUAAUGGAAGGCAAUACGGAAGUGUCCAAGCAGCAUGGCAAGAUAGUUUCCAUUGUUGGGUUUGGAGGCCUGGGGAAGACUACUCUUGCUGAUGUGGUGUACAAAAAGAUCAGAGCACGAUUUGAUUGCUCAGGUUUUGUUUCUGUAUCUCAGACACCUGACCUGAAGAAACUAUAUAAGGAGUUGUUAUAUGAUCUUGACAAGACAAUGAAUGUAGAAACAUUGGAUGAGAGGCGGCUCAUAGAAUUACUCAGAGAAUUCCUUCAAGAUAAAAGGUAUUUUGUUGUUGUUGAUGAUAUAUGGGAUAUCUCAGUUUGGAAUAUGAUUAGAUGUGCUUUGCCUGAUAAUGAUGUUGGAUACACUAUUAUUGCAACAACCCGUAUUUCUGAUGUUGCUGAACAAGCCGGUGGUGCUUACAAGCUGAAACCCCUUUCUCCAUACAACUCACGGAAACUAUUUUUUAGAAGAAUAUUUGGUAAUGUAAACAAAGACAACAAUGAAGAAACAGAAAAAUGUCCAGAUGAGGAGCUAGCUGAAGUAUCUGACAGAAUACUAAAGAAAUGUGCUGGUGUACCAUUAGCAGUUAUUACGAUGGCUAGUAUGCUAGCAUGUAAAGCAAGAAAUAAAAUGGAUUGGUAUGAGGUGUACAAUUCGCUUGGUGCUGGUCUUGAAAACAAUCAAAAUGUGAAGAAUAUGAGAAAGAUUUUGUCAUUUAGCUAUUAUGAGCUGCCAUACCAUCUAAGGACUUGCUUAUUAUAUUUAAGCAUGUUUCCAGAAGAUUUUGAAAUUGACAAGGACCGUUUGAUAAGAAUGUGGAUAGCUGAAGGUUUUAUCCAAUGCGAAAAACAUGGGAAGAGUCUAUUUGAACUCGGAGAGAGUUACUUCAACGAGCUCAUAAAUAGAAGUAUGAUCCAACCGAUACAUAACUCAGGAACUAGCAUGCUACAUAACUCAGGAACUAUCAUGCUACAUAGUUGUCGCAUACAUGAUAUGGUGCUUGAUCUUAUCCGUUCCUUGUCAAGUGAAGAAAACUUUGUUACUGUACUGAGUGAUAUGCAUAGCACAUCUCCAUCAAAUAUGAUUCGGAGGUUGUCCCUUCAAAAUGGCAAGAAAAGUCACGUGAUGGCUCAAGCUACUAGAAACUUGUUGCAACAUGCAAGGUUCAGAUGAUGAAUAACGAACCGGAUAAAAGAUUUGAGUUAAUGCAAAUGAUAAGUUGCCGGUGGAGCUUCGCCACAUUUGCAGAGAUUAGAUUGCUCACGGCUCACCCGUGGACAGUACCAAACAACUCGAACCUGCAUGUAGUGAUGUUAUCUACUCAGUUUCCCAUGGAAAUGCCACGUCUGUGGGUUAGAUUUGUACUGAUGUUGCUCUCUGGCAUCAAUAAUGCGGGGCGUGGGGAAGGCAGUGCAAUAUGCCGGCCCAAGGAGCCUGCAAACCCUGUAUUGUAGGGUCUGUUGGUGUUGAGUGCAGCAGCUUGAUCUCUUGAGGCUCUCAAAACCAAAAUCUUUUGCUUAUUUUCUGCAUUGUAUUUGUCCUGCCGCUCGUUCCUAUUAUUCUUCACGAGUGUUGCUUA